CCUUUUUGGGCUAUAUGUUCAGAAAUACCAUUUCCCCUGAACAUCCCAUUCCUGUCUAAAACACAACUCUCAAUAUCAUCUCAACAAUGGCAGACCAAGAUGCAAAAGAAGAACACAAGCCCCUCAACCAAUGGAAGAGAAGAAAAGGUGGAUUCAGGGCUUCCAUGUUUAUUUUUGUCUUGUCAGCAUUGGACAACAUGGGUUUUGUGGCAAACAUGGUGAGCUUAGUCCUAUACUUUUAUGGAGUGAUGCACUUUGAUCUGUCCAGUUCUGCCAACACUCUCACAAACUUCAUGGGUUCAACUUUCUUGCUUUCCCUUGUUGGAGGCUUCAUCUCAGAUACCUACUUAAACAGAUUCACCACAUGCCUGGUUUUCGGAUCACUCGAGGUUCUGGCCUUGGCAAUGCUCACAGUUCAAGCUGCUUCCAACCACUUACACCCAAAUGCUUGUGGCAAAUCAAGCUGUGUGAAAGGUGGCAUAGCAAUGAUGUUUUACACAUCACUGUGCUUGUUGGCAUUGGGAAUGGGAGGGGUGAGAGGAUCUAUGACAGCAUUUGGUGCUGACCAAUUUGAUGAAAAGGAUCUAACCGAAGCAAAAGCUCUUGCAAGCUUUUUCAAUUGGCUUUUGAUGAGUUCAACCGUGGGAGCAAUCACAGGAGUUACAGGUGUUGUGUGGGUUAGCACACAAAAAGCAUGGCAUUGGGGUUUUUUCAUAAUAACCAUAGCUUCCUCUAUUGGCUUUGUGACCCUUGCUCUUGGUAAGCCAUUCUACCGCAUCAAAACUCCAGGAGAUAGCCCCACUUUGAGAAUUGCUCAAGUUAUUGCUGUGGCUUUUAAAAAUCGAAAGCUGUCACUGCCGCAGUCACAUGAAGAACUAUAUGAACUGAGUGAUAAAGAUGCUACAGUUGAGAAGAUUGCGCACACCAACCAGAUGAGGUUUCUAGAUAAAGCGGCUAUUAUCCAAGAAAAUUCAAAACCUCAAGCAUGGAAGGUGUGCACAGUGACACAAGUGGAAGAAGUGAAGAUCCUAACCAGGAUGUUACCUAUAGUGGCCAGUACCAUUAUACUGAACACUUGUAUGGCUCAGCUUCAAACAUUCUCGGUUCAACAAGGGAAUGUGAUGAACCUGAAACUUGGUUCUCUUACAGUGCCUGCACCAUCUAUUCCCGUCAUCCCUCUUGUUUUCAUAAGCGUCCUUGUUCCUAUGUAUGAGUUAUUUUUUGUGCCAUUUGCAAGAAAGAUCACUCACCACCCUUCAGGCAUCACACAACUUCAAAGGGUAGGAGUGGGAUUAGUCCUCUCAGCAAUAUCAAUGGCAGUGGCUGGGAUUGUGGAAGUGAAAAGAAGGGAUCAGGGGAGGAAUGACCCCUUAAAGCCUAUAAGUCUAUUUUGGCUCUCAUUUCAAUAUGGUAUAUUUGGAAUUGCAGAUAUGUUCACACUCGUAGGACUACUGGAAUUUUUUUACAGGGAAUCACCUGCAAGCAUGAAAUCACUGUCUACAUCUUUCACAUGGUUGUCAAUGUCUCUUGGCUACUUCUUGAGUACUGUCUUUGUCAAUGUCAUCAAUGCAAUUACCAAAAGGAUCACCCCAAGUAAACAAGGUUGGUUGCAUGGGUUUGACUUAAACCAAAAUAACCUCAACCUGUUCUAUUGGUUCCUAGCCACACUUAGUUGUCUUAAUUUUUUUAACUACCUUUAUUGGGCCUCACGGUACAAGUACAAAUCUGAAGAGCGUAACUCAAGCCCAGAUUUGAAGGCUUUAGCUGAAAUGUCUCUGAAAACAAGAGUGAGGGAAGGGAACACACGUGAGUGAAGGACCCUCUGGCAAAGUUAGAGAAUGGAAUUGAAGCACAGUGUCAAGAGU